AUGGAGUGUGAAAAUGCAACAAAUACGCCUAAUAACUUUGAACUUUUAGGAUUCACGUACCCCAAGGACCUUAAAUUCCUGUUGCUCUUCUUCUUCCUCCUCAUGUAUAUUCUGUCCCUUUCUGGAAAUGGCUUGAUCAUUUUACUCGUAGCGCUGGAGCCUGGUUUGCGCAAGCCAAUGUACUGGUUCCUCUGCCACCUGUCUAUCAUAGACAUGAUGAUCUCCUCUGUGGUGGUACCCAAACUGAUCCAAUGGCUGGUAAAUGGCAAUGGGGUGAUCUCCUAUGCAGGCUGUGUAUCCCAACUCUUCUUUUUCAACGUCCUGGGCUGUGCGGAAUGCCUCUUGUACACCGUGAUGGCCCUGGACCGCUUUGUGGCCAUCUGCAAGCCGCUGCACUACGGCACUCUCAUGAACCACCGAGUUUGCAUCUGUCUGGCUGCUAGCGCCUGGUUUGGAGGCUCCCUGCACUCCGUGAUACAGACCUCCCUUACUUUUCGCUUGCCGUUUGGCCGAGGGAUGCUGGUGUCCUACAUUUUUUGUGACAUCCCAGCUCUGCUGAAGCUGGCCUGUGCAGACACGUCCCUCAUUGAGACGUUGUCAUUGUUGGACCCUGGAAUUCUAGCCAUGACAUGCUUCCUCUUGAUUUUGACAUCCUAUGUAUAUAUUAUCUUUGCCAUCCUGAAGAUUCCCAGCUCUAAAGGGAGACACCGUGCGGUCUCCACUUGUACAGCUCACGUCACCUUGGUGCUGAUAUAUUACAUUCCUGUGCUUUAUAACUACCUGCGGCCAGCAUCUCAGGACUCCUUUGAUGGAGUGGUAGGCAUGUUCUACACUGCAGUGACUCCUUUCUUAAACCCUCUCAUAUACACGCUGAGGAACAAAGAGAUGAAAGACGGCCUGUGGAAACUCUGCCGUAGGAUGUUUUGCUGA